UCGAGUCGCUCGUGGCGUCGCUCCAUGCCGAGCGUUGCGGUCGUCCGUUCCGGCCCUCAGGCGCAGCCAAUCGCGAGGAAGCGCGAGUCGACGUUGGGUCCCGCGGGGUGUGGUGCGCACGCUCGACAUGCCCGAUCUGCAGCAGGUCAUCUUCUCCGCUGCGGCGCUCCUCUUCGGGGCAGCCCUGCUCACCGGCAACCGGUGGAAGAUCCUGUACGUCCUGUGCAGAACCCUGCCCAGGGACGUCCUUGGGGCAUUCCGAUUUCUGAAAGUUAACGUCCUGUUAUGGUGGUGGGAGACGCGCGGUUACACCGUGGCGAGGGUCUUCUCGAAACUCGUCGCCACUCAUCCCGACAAAGUCGCCUUCAUCUUCGAGGACAAGGAAUGGACUUACCAACAGCUGGAGGAAUUCAGCAACCGCAUGGGCCGCUACUUCCGGACGAGAAAAUUGUCCCGGGGGGACAGCAUCGCGCUCAUGAUGGAAAGUCGACCCGAAUAUGUCGGGACUUGGCUGGGUCUGAGCAAGGCCGGUUAUGUUGCCGCUUUCAUUAACACGAAUCUACGCCAUGGUGUCCUGCUGCACAGCAUCCACGCAGCUGGAUGUAAGGCCAUCAUUUACAGUACCGAGUUCAAAGAUGCGAUCGAUGAAAUCAGAGACAAGGUGCCCAACAUGGGGCUCUAUCAAUGGUCCGAAUUCCCGGAUUCGUCGAUCCUGGAUGGCGCGAUAAAUCUCAACACGGCGGUCAGCACGAUCCAGGCUGAUCCUCUGGUGGUCGACAUGGCUAUUGGAAGUCCCCGGGACAAAUUGAUCUACAUUUACACGUCCGGGACCACCGGCAUGCCCAAGGCUGCCGUUAUUAAUAAUCUCAGGUUCAUGCUGAUAGCCUGUGGCAUCAAGGCGAUGCUGGGUCUGCGUUCCACGGAUCGCAUUUAUGAUUCCCUGCCGUUGUAUCAUACGGCUGGUGGGGUUCUUGGCGUAGGUCAGGCACUGCUCUUAGGAAUUCCGGUGGUGCUUCGAAGGCGGUUCAGUGCGUCCAAAUUCUGGGAGGACUGCGUCCACUAUGACUGCACGGCUGCACAGUAUAUUGGCGAGAUUUGUCGAUAUUUAUUGACCGUUCCACCUGGUCCAUACGAUAAGGCGCACCGGGUUAGAAUGAUGUUCGGAAACGGAUUGAGACCUCAAAUUUGGAAGGCUUUUGUUGACAGAUUUGGGGUUAAACAAAUAGGCGAAUUCUACGGUGCGACGGAAGGAAAUUCUAAUUUAGUCAAUAUAGACAACAGAGUAGGAGCGGUUGGUUUCGUUCCUCGAUGUGCCGGGGCUCUGUAUCCGGUUGCAUUAUUAAGAGUAGACGAGGAAACCGGCGAACCCCUCAGAGGCCCUGAUGGCUUUUGCAUUCCUUGUAAACCAGGUGAGGCUGGCGUUUUCGUCGGUAAAAUAAAUCCGAAAAAGGCGUUGAACGAUUUUAGUGGCUACGCGGAUAAAGCAGCGUCUGAGCAGAAAAUCAUUCGGGAUGUCUUCAAGAAGGGAGAUCGCGUCUUCAAUUCGGGUGAUAUUCUCGUAAUGGAUGAGUUAGGAUAUUUUUAUUUCAAGGAUAGGACCGGCGAUACCUUCAGGUGGAGAGGAGAAAAUGUCGCCACUUCGGAGGUGGAAGCCGUCGUCAGCAAUGCGAUCGGCUUGAAGGAUGCGGCUGUUUAUGGAGUUGAGGUUCCUGGGGUUGAAGGCAAGGCUGGCAUGGCAGCGAUUUAUGAUCCGGAUCAGAAUUUAAAUCUGAAGGAACUCGAGGAAGGAGUGAAGAAGGCGCUUCCUCCAUAUGCAAGGCCACUGUUCCUCAGAGUACUUUCCGAGCUACCCAUGACGGGAACUUAUAAGCUGAAAAAGAAAGACCUGCAAUUGGAUGGUUAUGAUAUAAACAAGGUUAAGGAUCCACUGUACUUCUUGGAUAGGACUGGUUCCUAUGUGAGGAUCUCGGAAGAACUCUACAAAGAUAUCAUGGAAGAAAAAGUUAGAUUAUAAGACUUCAGAAAAAUUGAACUGCCACUUUAGCUGGACGUUAGAUAUCUAGUACCAUUCGGAUUCAUUAGUAAUGCUUGUUUCAUCCCGAGGUCAUCGCAAAACGUAAUUUAUCAAAAUAAUCUUUAUAGGAGAAAAUCAUUACCGUGAUCUAUCCUGUGAGAGAACAAGGUAACGAGCUUGUUUUUAAACCUCGUUCUUAUCAAUCUCGGUAAGGUCCGCGUUAACUAGGAUCGACCUACAUCUUCGUCUGUAAUUGUAAAUUAAUUAUUGACAGUUCUCGACGGAACUGUACUGUUACACUGUGGGAGUAUAAGGUGGAAGACAACUUUGGUGAUUGUCGAAAGAGAUGGAUGUUUUUGUUUUAGACUUUUUUUUUAUAUAACUUAAGAAAAUUUAAGGAGUAUCGGUUGAUUUGUACACAGGUUCGGUGCAAUGGCCGUACAUUGCGAUUCAUUCCGAUUCCAAGAUUCUCGAAUUUUCGAACCUCCGGAAAUUUCUCACCUUCGCGGAGGCGCAAAUCCUGAGGAUUCGUAGGUAGAAGGAAAACCUUAUUUUCAUUUCUUGUGUUUCUUCUUCACUUUUUAUAAUGUCAUGGUUGAUCUAGGUAGACGUAAGUUUAAUUUAUAGAUAAUCUUAGGGUUACUCGGAUACUUUGCAUAAACUCUGUGAACUAUGACUGGGCGCGUGUGGAGAUGUAAUCUCAUUGUCACGUUCGAUAAUUAAAUAAAGAAAGUGCUGGAAUAAA